AUGCCUCCAGUUAUCGCUGCAUUUAUUGUUCUCAAAUGCACCCAACGGAUCUAUAGCAAUAAAAUUUUUGAUAUAUUAGUUUCCGCGUAUACACCAAGACAACAAGGAGGAAUGGGAAUAUUUAACAGAAACAUUCAUUAUAAUGAAAUUGUGUUGGAGAAUCAGAGAAAUGAGCAUAGAGAAAUCGAGCCAAUAAACCGGCAACGAGAAAUAGAAAAUCGGGAAAAUGAAAAUGAAGAGAAUAAUCUUGUAGAGGCGGAUAGACACAGGAUUGACAAUGAUAACCGUAGAAAUGUUGCUAGAGAAAAUGGUGCAGACGACCAUCGAGCCAGUAUAGAAAACCGACAGAAUGUAGAAAGAGAACGACACAAUACAAGGACUUAUCUAGAAAACAGACGAAAUCGUACACAGGAACAGCACAGAUAUUUCUUACGGCAGCGGCAUAGAGGUCGUUUGGUACAUGGUGGUGAGCUUCAUAGCCACAGAAAUGGGGCUGCUGUAGAUAAUAUACCAGUACGCACUGUCACAAACAUUUUACAGCCAAAUGGGCAGUUUUUGUUAACGAGAAGCCACCGCAGUGUCGUUAACUGUUAA